AUGGGGUACGCUAUCUUGCCUGCGUUGAUCACCGACAUCGAGAAGAUCUACGAUGUCUACUUCAACGCUUUUGGGAAGGACACUAUGGGCCAAAUCAUGCUCGACAUUCUCUUUCCUGGGGGAACGGACUCUGAAGCUUUCCGCAAAGCGCACACUGCCGGGACUUUGGCCUGGUGGCAGCACUGCAACUACCAGUACACGUACAAGUGCAUCGACACCGAGACGGGGGAGAUUGUCGGCAUGGCUCUCGGCGACAUCUAUCUGAAAGAGCGCAGCGAUGAGGAACGCAAGAAUCACGGCGCUACAUGGCUCGAAGGCAAGCAGAGGGAGCGAGCCGAGGCUAUUCUGAACCCCUUGCACGACGUCCGAGAGAGCCUGUUCGGUGGCCGUCGCUACAUCUACAGCCACGUUAUCGCCGUCGACCCCAAGCAUCAGGGCAGGAAGGCCGGUGCGCUGUGGUGCAAGUGGGGAAUGGAGCUCAGUGACAGCCUGGGAAUCCCCUUGUACUUCGAGUCAUCCCCUUCAACUUACAAGCUGUACGAGAAGAUGGGUUACGAGACGCUGGAUGAGAAGGUCGUUCACAAGCCCGAGAUCACUGGAGCGUCUGAGGACCACGAGGUGCCCCUCAUGGUGAAGAUGCCUGCCUGCGCUGGUGGCAUGACUUUCAAGGAGUGGCGUGCGGCCGGAUAUCCCUCUUUCAGCGAGGUGAAAAGAGUGCCAGCCACACCAGUUCAGGAUGCCGUGACGGAAGACAAAAAGACUGGCAGCGGGCCCGUGGCCAUUGAGGUCCAGGUCCAGGAGGUGCGGGUUUAG